AUGCUUGCCUACCUCCUCUUCUUCGCGCUAAUCGGCCUCGUGUGGGCUGAGGCAGAAGAACCGUUGGCCCUCAACGCCACCUCCUCCGUGCUUGAGCCCGCCUGUUACUGCCCACGUCCAGCGCCCUGUCAAUGCCAGUUAUGCAAAAAGUGCUACUGUGCGUGUCCCAUCCCCAUCUCUCUGGUGCAGGCUGCCCAGUGCCAAGCGCCGUAA